AUGGAAGCGGACAAUCAUCUGCAGAUUGUCUUGUCACCUCCGCUCAGAGAAGAGCUUGGGAGCAGACUUAGUCCGGGCGCAUCACUGGAGAUUGAAGGAGCCCUGUGCGAGGUCAAGAAGAAGGAUGGAAGGGCGAUCGGAGGCGAUGAGAUAGAAUUGAGAGCUACCUCUGCCCGCGUAGUAGCAGUUUGUGACUCUGCUGUGAGUUUUCAUUCUGCGUACACGCCACUUUUAUGCACAUGCGAUAGCCUAUGUAAGAGCGACGAGCGCUCACAUCCAGCUACGGAUCACAGUCUUAUCCAGUGCCACUCCAAAGCGAGAACAAUCCGACUGACAAUCUGCGAGCGCACGCCCAUCUUCGUUCUCGGGACAUGAGGCACGCAGCACUGCUUCGGUCCCGAGAUGCUCUCGAGCGAGGCCUCGCUGACUACUUUGCGAGAAACGAGUUCAUCAAAGUCACCACUCCGAUCAUCACCUCUUCGGACUGUGAAGGUGCCGGAGAAGUGUUUCAGAUUGUUGCUGACUCAGAUCUGAGAAAGCCGGAUCAGCCGAAGGCUGGCCCUGCAGAACUCUCACCAGCGGAGAAUGGCGUGAAUUACGAGCAUUCGACCAACGCAGAACCAUCAGAGACGACCACAUCGGACAGGCAACUGCAAGCCUUUUGGUCCGGUCAACCAGCAUAUCUGAGCGUCUCGGCGCAAUUACACCUAGAAGCCAUUAUGCACGGACUGAAUCGGAUCUGGACGCUAUCACCGGCUUUCAGAGCGGAAGGAAGCGCUACGAACCGUCACCUGGCCGAAUUUUGGAUGGCGGAGGCGGAGAUGGUCACCUCAGAUGAUCCUCGAGUGGCGCUGGAGGAAGUCAUGACGAUCGUGGAAGGAUGCAUUAAAACAGCGAGCUACUCUCUCUUUGGCGCUGACUGGCAAAUUCCUUCAACUUGGGCGAAGGGAAGUGACAGAGCUGAGGACGUCAACUGGUUAAUAGGAGCCACUCCAGCAAAGGAAUAUCGAAAACUGGACUGGAACAAUUGGGAAGACAAACAAAUUCUAAAAGACCUCAUGCCCAUAGAUCCUCACAGCGCUGUGAAUUACACCUUACUCGAAGAGACUUGGAAACGAAUGACGUAUUCGCAAGCCAUUACGCAACUGCGGCAAAUUCAUGAAGACGAAGAAGAGUUCGACAUCGAGCCAAUCGCCGGUCAGCCUCUGGCCACGGAGCACGAAGCAGCGUUGGCAGAGGAUGGCCCUGUUUUCAUCACGCACUAUCCGGCUCACAGCAAGCCAUUUUACAUGCGCGCCUCUACGGGUGCUCCGUCCAGCGAUCAGGAGGGAAGCGAAGGCUACACAGGACCGACUGUGGACUGUUUCGACCUGCUAGUCCCUGGGAUGGGCGAGCUGGUAGGAGGGAGCCUUCGAGAGACACGCCCAGAAGUCAUUCAAGGAAAGCUGAGUUCCUUAGGCUGGAGCGAGAAGGCUAAGAAGCAGAUGGAAUGGUAUGCUUCGGAUUUGAGAAGAUUCGGCACCGCUCCCCAUGGCGGAUUCGGGUUGGGGAUGGAAAGGCUACUCAGUUGGCUCACCGAUACGUCAAACCUCAAGGACUGUGUCACCUUCCCUAGAGUCAAGGGACGUGUACGAUAUUGA